CAAAGUGGCUUCAUUGAUACCUACAGCACAUUCAUGCUCCCCUGCUGCUUCUAAGCAAAGCCUCAAGGAACGAGUUGUGCCGUUGACUCCCUCCAGGGCACUGAACAUGGCGUGGCCCCCUAGCACCAAAGCUCAGCUGGGUGGACUCUUCCUUGCGUUCUUUGGCUGGGUCUCCUCUUGUGUUACAACCAUUGUGCCUCUCUGGAAGAACUUGAACCUGGACUUAAAUGAGCUCGAAGUGUGGAACAUGGGCCUUUGGCACGCUUGCGUCAUUCAAGAUGAGGGUGCUGCAGUAUGCAAAGCCUACGACUCUCUGCUCGCCCUGCCCGUGUUGUUUAUGCUAGCUAGGAUAUUAAUGGUUACUGCCAACGGCCUGGGAUUGCUUGCCUUCCCUCUCUCUCUUUGGGGGUUGAACUGCCUGAAGACGAGGAAUGAAAACAUGGGACUGAAAAGACGGCUUGCAGCGGCUGGGGGAAUCUUCUUCUGCCUCUCUGGAAUAGCCACUCUGGUGCCAGUCUCUUGGGUUGCCUACAACACCGUACAGGAAUUCUGGGACGAAACUGUGCCAGAGAUCGUUCCGAGGUGGGAGUUUGGUGAAGCUUUGUUCCUGGGCUGGUUUGCAGGCUUUUUCCUUGUAGCCGGUGGGCUUCUCUUCAUUGGCUCCACCUGUUUGCAGAAGAUGCAAGGACCACCUCAGCCAUUAGCAGCCUACCCUCAACCAGAGAGGCCAAACCUACCCAGGCUGCCAAACUGCCAUCAAUAUAAAGCAACCAGAAAUGCAGACCUUGUCAUCUGAGUUCUAUGCACUGCACCAAAGACUAGAGAUUGUUGGAAUAGUUUCUGUUUCACUCACUGACUGAGCUAUACUUCUGAUUCCUUGAAAGUUUUAAAAGACCUUUUGUUUGAAAAUCUGUCCUGAAGCAAGAAGACAGCCCUUCUAUACUGCAUUUUCAGCUGUUAACAAGAUUGCCCAUAGCACCCAAAGGAACAUAAACCUGAAUCCUACAGGAAAAAGCCAUUGCAACAAUCAGCAAUUUAAUAGCGUAAUAAAGGUUCGCAGUUAGCAGAAUGGAUGUGUGUGGGUGUAAGCAAACCUUUUUACAACUUCCGUAUCUUUUCAUUCCUACCACACAAAUCAGCAGUGACAAGAGGGUACAGCCACACACUGUUAAGAAUCUCA